CAAACACUCAUUCAAGAAGUUUCAACUUUUUUUUAGAGUUUUAGCUUUUGUAUUCUUCACAUUCUCCUUUCAAUCUUUAAAGGAAAAGAACCAUUUUUUCCAACCACCAAUGAAUUCAUACCAACUCAAAGUACAAGAAAUAAUUGAAACAUUCAAGAAACAGGAAAAUUAUGAAAGCCCAUAAUUCUUGAUGGAUCCUCAGCUUGCAAUCUCUUUUGUUGUUCGAUUUCCAUGGAGGAAAAAAAAACAUGAUUUAUACCCAUUUUGUAUAAUCUUUUAGUUUCACUUUACCUUUUUGAUGAUCAUAAAUGUUGUUGUAAUCCAAGUUGUUGAAAUUAGAGUUACCCGGGUUCGACUCUCUUUGGUUUUUAAUUCUUAGUGGUUCUAUUGUUUCAAAAGGUGUGUUUGGUAAGAUUAUGCAACGGAUGCUGCUGGAUACAGCCAACCUGGCGCCGCUUGGGUCUACAGGCGGCGCCAGUGGUGAUGGCAACCAGCAACAUGCGUCUUAUAGCAAAGAAGCAAAUUUCGAUACUAAUAUGGUGAUCAUAUUGGCUGCUUUACUUUGUGCUUUGGUAUGUGCUCUUGGGCUUAAUUCGAUAGUACGUUGUGCUUUAAGAUGUAGCCAAAGGUUGAACUUUGAGACCGGUGAGGCUGCGGUUGCACGAUUAGCCACGACAGGGGUUAAGAAGAAGGCGUUAAGGCAGAUUCCGGUGGCGGUGUAUGGGGACGGAAUUGAGAUUCCGGCAAGUGAGUGUCCAAUAUGUCUUGGAGAGUUUAUGGAUGGUGAGAAAGUUAGGAUUUUACCACAAUGUAAUCAUGGGUUUCAUGUACGUUGUAUUGAUGUAUGGUUGGCUUCACAUUCGUCUUGUCCGACUUGCCGACGGUCCUUGGUGGAGGUGCCGGUAAUGGCGGCUGGGACAUCUUGGCAAGACGGUGGUGACGAUGACGGUGGUGGUAAUGGAGCUACUGGUAGUGUAGUUAUUCAAGUUGGUAAUUAGCUAUAUCAUCAUAAUGUAUCUAAAAAAUUUAUCUGUGCAUUAAUAUUUAAUACACCUUUAGGUUUUA